AUGGAAUCCAUGGAUACAGAAGAUUUAAAAGCUAAAUUACUGCAAAUUUUCCAAGAUAAUUCUAUACUAACUUGUGACAGUAUUGUACAAGCUUUAAAGGACAAGAAAUUUCACUGGAACUCCAGUCUACUUCAAGUAUCUCUUCAACAGUUAGUGGAUAGUAAGCAAGUCUAUGUCAAAGUUAUCCAUCAAGGCUCACAAGAAGACCAAAAAAUCUAUUACAGAAAACCAACUCCUAACCAGGCUAAUUGGCAAUCAUCGUCCAGUCAAAAAAAAAAUAAUCCUGAUGCUAGUGCUGUCAAUUCAUCCAAGAAACGACGAAGUAUAGGCUUAGCCCCAGCAAACCGUAAGAAAUUUUCCUCACCAUUAUUAAAAAAAUCCUCAGGUACUGUCUCCAACCAUGCUAGCAAAUCGUCCACAGAUACAACUGAAUAUCAUCAUACAACUCCUGCUACUUCAUCAACUGAGGUAGACACUUUCAAGAUGGAUAAAGAAAACGUCCCCGAAUCAGAAAAGUGUCAAGUACAAGAUUUGCUUCAAUCCAAAGCUAAGUUACUUCAGAUUAUCCAAGAGAAAGAAGAUAAACUAAGAAAGUUAAAAUUGGUAAAAAUGUAUCACACCAAGACUAAUUUAGAUGAUCUAGAUCAGCUAAUUCUCAAGUGGAGAAGUAUUAGUCAAGAUGUUGCUCAGCAACUCCAUGAAAAAAUUCAAAUUGAACCUCGCCCCACUAUGGCUCAAUUUUUAGAUGCCUACCAUAUUGAUCGCAACCUUAUCCAAUACUCGGCCGAUGACGAAGCCUUUGUCUAA